UGAGAAUCUACCGAGAAAACACUGGAAAGCUUAAGGUCUAUUUUCUUGUCUUUGCUUGUCCCUUCUAGGUUGCAUACGCUUAGAGCCAUGGCGCUCUAAUAGCUGCUCUGCAGCUUGAUAUCUCUUUUAAGAUGUCUUCCUCGUGGUCUUCCAGCACCCGGACACCUGAUAACGUUCCUCAGUCGCCCGCGCCCCGGAAAUCAUCAGACCCACCCCGACCGUGAUUAUGGCUGCCGCCUAUAGUGUGCCCGCCGGCCAGGGCUACUUGGCCACCUCACCGCUGACGCUCACGCGGUCGACGCCUAUACCUUUUGGAGCGAAGCGCCUUCCUAAUGGGGGAAGAUCAACAGCUCCCGCACCGACCGGCUCUACGCGCUGGUCAGGUGCGGGUGCUAUGGAUGGCUUCAGCGAUGGUGCUCGUGCAGAUGACCACUACCAACGUUAUAGCCUUUCCACAUCGGGGCGCCGGCGGUCUGUUGCUUCCUCACCGAAGACCGCGGACGCCAAGCCGGUAGCUUCCUCCAACGCGCCCGUGACCUUCGGCUUCUCAGUUGGAACAAGCAGUCCUUUUAUAGACGAAGGAAAAUUUUCAUUCCCUUCACGCCCUGCAAAUUGCUCUUCUGCGCCGCGUGGGCUGCUCAGCCGUGCUCUGAGCAACGAGCCCAUCAAGGAGCAUGAACUGGGCCCGGCUAUGCUCCCAGCAGUCUCGGCGGACCCGUCUGUAGACCCGCUUAUGUUCUUUCCCGGCAUCCCUCUUGACCUCCUGCGCCAGGCUCAGGCGUCUUACCCGGUGUUUCAUAAGGAGCUUGUAGUCACGGCAUACGGGUUAGCUGCACGGGCUCACGCGAACCAGCUCCGCAAGAAUGGCGAUUCGUUACUGAGUCACUGCGUGGAGGUUGCAAAGCUACUGGCUGGACUAGGCUUGGAUGAGGAGGCUGUUGCCGCAGGCUUGUUACACGAGUGCUUAAGCAGCGAUGUGUAUCGCUCCCAGCUUGAGGAGUUUAUGCCGCCGUCAGUGGUUAGCGUCCUGGACCGCGUUAACACUAUCAGCGAAAUGAGCCGGUUGUAUCGCCAGCAUAGCACCUCAGGAUCAUUUACGGAGGAGACGUUCCGGCGCAUGCUUGUGGCUAUGGAGGACGUGAAAGCUGUUCUGGUCAAGUUGGCUGACCGCAUCCACAAUAUGCGCACCGUGCGGAUACUGCCCAUUGAGCGUCAGGAAGCGCUGGCCCGGGAGACCCUGGAGGUGUAUUCCGUAGUGGCGAACCGUCUGGGCGUAUGGUGCUUGAAGGCUGAGUUGGAGGACCUGGCCUUCAGCGUGUUACACCCCGAGGAGUACACGUGGCUCAAAAACGCGGUGCGGUCGCGGCAAGACCCAGUGGCGCUUGAAGCUACCAUCAACGCCAUCAAAGGCGCACUGCACAGCCACGGCGUUAAGUACGAGGACAUCAGCGGGCGUCCGAAGAACUUGUAUGGUAUAUACUCAAAGCUGAAGAAGGAUGGCAAGCCGCUGACUUCCGAGUCGCUUGGCGCCGUGUACGACUUGAUGGCGUUGCGCGUAAUCGUAGCCUCUAAACACGAAUGCUACACAGCGCUGCGUGCGGCUCAGAGCGUUUACCGCACCAUGCCGGCCCGGAGCAAGGACUUCAUAAAGGAUAUCAAAAAGCCCAAUGGUUACCAAUCGCUGCAUGAAACUGUAUACGGCGAGGGCGAUGUCCCAGUGGAGGUCCAAAUACGCACGCACAAGAUGCACUACAUUGCCGAGUACGGGUUCGCAGCGCACUGGAAAUACAAGGAAAAGCUGGACAGCGAGGACGAAUGGCUUGAAAAGGAGACGCAGUAUAAGCGCUGGUUGACACAGUACAAGCUGGGUGUCCACGAUAAGAAGGUACGGCCGCAAGGCAGCCCGCCAACUGAUGGGUCGCUGAAGUCACUCGGCGUCGCCUACCUCGACGCCCCUGAGGAUCAGCAAGGCAGUUUGCUGGACCCGUUUCUGCGGCACCAGCGGUUCAAGCUGCAGGUUCCUGUAAAGACGGAGGUUAGCGUGCUGCUAGCCACGUCGGAUGGUGUUGAGACGAAGGAGUUCCCCCUGGGAACAACUGCACAGCACCUCUGGCAAGAGCUUGGACUAGGAUUACAGCCAGGGUACGCGCUUACUGUAAACAACCGGCUGCCGUCAGGCGAGGCCGCUCUCCAAAGCGGGGACCUUGUGCAGGUGCUACCCCUUGCCACGGUGCUGACGCGGAGCCCUCAGGACCGUUCCGGAUCUCCUGGCUGGUCACUGGCAGCAGUUGCCGAGGAGUGGGAUGAGGAGAUGAGCUCGAGCCCGGCUGUGUCAGCCAGGAAUGAGGGUUAUCCAGAGGACGUCUUGGAGGUGUACAGUAGGAAUGGCAUGACGACCUGGGCGAUGGGCCCGCAAUCGGGGUCAUCUGUACCUGUUGCUAAUAUGUAAAUGGGGAGCGGCUGCUUGCGCCUUAACACCCAUGUUACCUCCUGCGCGCGUGGCCGUUGCUACCUUGGCAGCCCUCGUUGGAGCAGUUCAUGUCGACGGAGGCGUGGUGAAGGAGCGGCUUGAUCUUGGAACGUGUCGCACGCAGGGCAUUGUUUUAGUUGGGUGCGCAUUUAGUGGGUGCGCAUUGUAUACCUGAACGACGGCAAGCCGACUCCGCAUGCGGCCUCUGUACAUUAUGUAACUCCUGCAUUACAGACGACGCAAGCAUUCCAUACAUUGUCUUCAGGCUAUUGCGGAGAUUCUGUGUAUCGUUUUGUGUUUGCACGACUUUUAAUAUUGAGAAUGGUCGUUAGCGAGGCUCGGUCGGUUGUUGGCGCUAGCUGAGUGGCGGACAUCUUUUUGGCAUGGCCAUUACAACCCAUAACCGAUUUCUAUCGGGUCCUCGUAACCCUCUCCGUAGAAAAUCGUCCUCGUUCUGUUGUAACUUUAGUCCAGGAGCGUCGAGGUUUGGAAUGUCUGAUGUUUGGAAUAUCCUAGGGUGCUUUACUAUGUGCUUGGGAUGGUGAGCGGGAAAUGGCGGUAGAGUAGGUAUUUGUCCUGCAUAUCUCGUGCAUCUGCUCAAGUUGUCGCUGCUAUUGUUUGAUGCUUACGGGCAUAUCCUGGGUGACAGUUCGUGCGUUGUCGGGACUGUAGGGGCGGCAAUACCUGUGGAGUGUUGCAGGGGUUCCUGUUGUAGGAGUGCGUGGCGUCGAUAAUUCUUUCAGUGUGGCUUUGGUGCUUAGGUUGGGCCUGCCUAUGGCUGGGUGCUAGGGUGUUGCUGCGUAUGUGGGUGACGACUCAGCGGUUAGGUCGAUGGGUUGCUGCGGCAGUGAGCGAUGCGCCGCCAGGUGUAUCGUCCACUGCUGCUGCAUCGUGGAAUGAACGCACGGGUAUAACUGGUUCACGGAAUUUGGCAAUUGGCGCCAGUCUGAAUCCUGCUAGGGAUAACAUGGUGAGCGGUACUCGCGGUUGUAUUGUGAUUCAAGGUGUUUUGGUAUGCGACCUCAAUAAGUUGCUCGCCUGAAUUAUAGAUCCCUUUUCAUUUCCGCAGUUUGUCCACUGUGUCUUCUUAUAAUUCCCUCAAGCGUCGCGGCCGAUUUGCCGCUAUGCGCUGGUAUGUCCGGGCUAGCACCUGCGCACUUGUGCUUGCGAAAUGAUAGUCGGAAGCCUUUGCGUAAAUAUUCAUUAUCAGCGUCGGUGCCCUGCCUUCGAUGACGAAAUAGGCAUUCUUUGCUGAAGAUUGGCGACAGUGUCUGCUCACGCGACUCGCAUUUCGUUCGAUUGCUGCCCAUUGUUGAUGAUGGGGCUGCGUUGGCUAAGGUUAAACCUUUGUUGCGCGUAUGCUGUAAAUCCGUGCGAGGAUCAC